GAGGCGACCCCGCCCUCCGCGGUCCCCGGCCGCCUCCUCGCCCGGCCGCGCCGUAGGGUGCCCAGAGGGGUGGCGGACGGAGCAGUUUCGCUCUCGGCUCAGUCGGAGGAGUGUCUCCGAGAGCGGCGGGCCCAGGAGGCAGCCGGCUCCUCAGCUCUGGGAUCCACCCCGCUAGAAGAGUGGCGGAGGGACUACUUUUUGGGUCGGAAGGCAACGCGUCUCCUGUUUCCGGGGGAGGGCUCAAAGAAGGACGCGUAACUUCCUGCGAGCUGGAACGCGAGAGAGUGGGGCUCGGCGCGGGGGGAGGCAGCCCCGGAGGACGGGACAGCAAUACUCGGUAGGGGCUGUCCUGGCCGCCCCGCCGUCCUCAUCCGGCAGCCGUCCUGCCCGGCAGCCAGCGUCGGAGGAUGCGCCUCGGCCACCGGCCCAGCCCCGCCGGCCGUCCCUGAGGGCCCCCCGGCCGCACCUCUCCGCCUUGCCCCGCCGCGGCCCUCGGUGCGCUCCCCCCGUCGGCGGCGCCCUUCCCCUGCGGCCAUGUCGGGGGGCGGUGGGUCGCGCUAUGCGGCCGAGUUCGUGCCCCCGCCCGAGUGCCCCGUGUUUGAGCCCAGCUGGGAGGAGUUCAGCGACCCGCUCGGCUUCAUCGGCCGCAUCCGCGGCCUGGCCGAAAAAACCGGUAUCUGCAAGAUUCGGCCCCCCAAGGACUGGCAGCCUCCAUUUGCAUGUGAAGUACAAAGUUUUCGUUUCACUCCACGAAUUCAGCGCCUGAAUGAACUGGAGGCAAUGACGAGAGUGAAGCUGGACUUCUUGGAUCAGUUAGCAAAAUUUUGGGAACUCCAAGGAUCCAAUUUAAAAAUCCCUGUGGUAGAGAGGAAAAUACUGGAUCUUUAUGCCCUGAGCAAGAUUGUUGCCAGCAAAGGAGGCUUUGAAGUUGUCACUAAAGAGAAGAAGUGGUCUAAAGUGGCAAGUCGGCUUGGCUACCUGCCAGGAAAAGGCACAGGGUCGUUACUCAAGUCUCAUUAUGAACGAAUCUUAUACCCCUAUGAACUCUUCCAAUCUGGGGUCAGCCUUAUGGGCAUCCAAAAGGCAAACUUGGACCUUAAGGAAAAAGUGGAGGCUGAGGACAUCAGCUCAGAUGCCCAGGCUUCCCCAAAGCAGGCUUCAAGGAUGAAUGUUGUGCUGAAGAGAACCAGGCGUGUCAAAUCCCAGGCGGAGACAGGAGAAAUGAGUAGAAAUACUGAACUAAAGAAGCUGCAGAUAUUUGGAGCUGGACCCAAGAUGAUGGGACUGGCAUUGGGAGCAAAGGAUAAAGAGGAUGAGGUGACACGAAGACGCAAGGGAACCAGAUCAGAAGCAUUUGGAAUGCAGAUGAGGCAACGCAAAGGAACUCUUUCUGUCAACUUUGUUGAUCUGUAUGUUUGCUUAUUCUGUGGCAGAGGAAAUAAUGAGGACAAACUGCUACUGUGUGAUGGAUGUGAUGACAGCUAUCACACUUUUUGCUUGAUUCCUCCUCUACCUGAUGUACCCAAGGGUGACUGGAGGUGUCCAAAGUGUGUUGCCGAGGAAUGCAACAAACCCCGUGAGGCCUUUGGAUUUGAACAAGCUGUCAGGGAAUAUACUCUCCAGAGCUUUGGUGAAAUGGCUGAUAACUUCAAGUCUGAUUAUUUCAACAUGCCGGUCCAUAUGGUUCCCACUGAACUUGUGGAAAAAGAAUUCUGGCGAUUGGUGAGCAGCAUAGAAGAAGAUGUCAUUGUGGAAUAUGGGGCUGAUAUCUCAUCCAAGGACUUUGGAAGUGGAUUCCCAGUGAAGGAUGGCCGACGAAAGCUGAUGCCGGAGGAGGAGGAUUAUGCGCUGUCUGGUUGGAACUUGAAUAAUAUGCCAAUUCUAGAACAAUCAGUCCUUGCUCACAUCAAUGCAGAUAUCUCUGGCAUGAAGGUACCUUGGCUGUACGUAGGGAUGUGCUUCUCCUCAUUUUGCUGGCAUAUUGAAGAUCACUGGAGCUAUUCCAUCAACUACUUGCAUUGGGGAGAGCCAAAGACAUGGUAUGGUGUGCCCUCUCAUGCAGCAGAGCAGCUAGAAGAUGUGAUGAAGGAAUUGGCUCCUGAGCUAUUUGAAUCCCAGCCUGAUCUCCUGCAUCAGCUGGUCACUAUUAUGAACCCAAAUGUACUGAUGGAACAUGGUGUACCAGUAUACAGGACCAAUCAGUGUGCUGGCGAGUUUGUUGUGACCUUUCCUCGUGCCUAUCACUCUGGAUUUAACCAGGGAUAUAACUUUGCUGAAGCUGUGAACUUCUGCACUGCUGACUGGCUUCCCAUUGGGCGUCAGUGUGUGAGUCAUUACCGAAGGCUAGGACGUCAUUGUGUUUUUUCCCAUGAAGAGCUGAUCUUCAAGAUGGCUGCAGAUCCAGAGUGCUUGGAUGUUGGGCUGGCUGCCAUGGUCUGCAAGGAGAUGACUCUAAUGAUAGAGGAAGAGACACGGUUAAGGGAGUCUGUUGUACAGAUGGGUGUGUUGAUGUCUGAAGAAGAGGUGUUUGAACUGGUUCCAGAUGAUGAGCGUCAGUGCACAGCUUGCAGAACCACAUGCUUCUUGUCAGCUCUUACAUGUUCCUGUAAUCCUGAGCGUCUGGUAUGCUUAUACCAUCCGUCUGAUUUAUGUCCAUGUCCCAUGCAGAAGAAGUGUCUAAGGUACCGUUACCCACUAGAAGACCUUCCUUCUUUGCUGUAUGGAGUGAAAGUUAGAGCACAGUCUUAUGACACCUGGGUCAGUAGAGUUACAGAAGCUCUGUCUGCCAGUCUCAACCACAAGAAAGAUGUGAUUGAGCUGAGAGUAAUGUUGGAGGAUGCUGAAGACAGGAAAUAUCCAGAGAAUGAUCUUUUCCGCAGGCUCAGAGAUGCUGUGAAAGAAGCAGAGACCUGUGCUUCAGUAGCACAGCUGCUUCUGAGCAAAAAGCAAAAACACAGCAGACAGAGCCAAGAUAGUGGAAGGACACGGACCAAGCUAACUAUGGAGGAGCUUAAAGCUUUUGUACAACAGUUGUUCAGCUUGCCCUGUGUUAUCAGCCAAGCCCGACAAGUGAAGAAUCUGCUUGAUGAUGUAGAAGAAUUUCAUGAGCGUGCUCAAGAAGCUAUGAUGGAUGAGAUCCCAGACUCUUCCAAGCUGCAAGAGUUGAUAGACCUGGGCUCUGGCCUUUAUGUAGAACUUCCUGAAUUGCCAAGGCUGAAGCAAGAACUGCAACAGGCACGGUGGCUGGAUGAGGUGAGAUCCACCCUCUUGGAUCCCCAGAGGGUCACCCUAGAUGUGAUGAAGAAGCUGAUUGACUCAGGUGUGGGCUUGGCACCGCACCAUGCUGUAGAGAAAGCUAUGGCUGAGUUGCAGGAGCUGCUAACAGUCUCGGAGAGGUGGGAGGAGAAGGCCAAAGUCUGCCUGCAGGCCAGGCCGCGCCAAAGUGUGGUUGCUCUGGAGGGCAUUGUGAAUGAAGCAAAGAACAUCCCUGCUUACCUGCCCAAUGUGCUGGCACUGAAAGAAGCCCUGCAGCGGGCUAGAGACUGGACAGCUAAAGUGGAGGCCAUUCAGAAUGGGAGCAACUAUGCCUACCUGGAGCAACUGGAGAGCUUGUCUGCAAAAGGCCGCCCAAUACCAGUGCGUCUUGAUGCCCUGCCACAGCUGGAAUCACAGGUAGCUGCAGCACGUGCCUGGCGGGAGCGCACAGGAAGGACCUUUCUGAAGAAGAACUCAAGCUACAGCCUGUUACAGGUUCUGAGCCCUCGGACUGAUAUUGGUGUUUAUGGGAGCAGUAAGAACAGACGGAAGAGGGCAAAGGAGUUGAUGGAGAAGGAAAAGGAGAAAGAUCUUGACUUGGAAUCCCUAAGUGAAUUGGAGGAUGGGCUGGAGGAGGCCAGGGAUACCGCAGCUGUGGUGGCCGUAUUCAAGGAACGGGAACAGAAGGAGAUUGAAGCUAUGCAUGCUCUCCGGGCAGCUAACCUGGCCAAGAUGACUAUGGUGGAUCGAAUUGAAGAAGUCAAAUUCUGCAUCUGCCGCAAAACAGCUAGUGGAUUCAUGCUACAGUGUGAGCUGUGCAAAGACUGGUUUCAUAGUGGCUGUGUGCCCCUUCCAAAAACAAGUUCUCAGAAGAAGGGCUCUAGUUGGCAGGCCAAAGAAGUGAAGUUUCUGUGUCCACUUUGCAUGCGUUCUCGAAGGCCAAGACUUGAGACAAUACUGUCUCUGCUGGUGUCCCUGCAGAAGCUGCCCGUACGGCUGCCGGAAGGGGAGGCAUUGCAGUGCUUGACAGAACGUGCCAUGAGUUGGCAGGACAGAGCACGGCAGGCUUUGGCCACUGAUGAGUUGUCCUCUGCUUUGGCUAAGCUUUCUGUGCUCAGCCAGCGAAUGGUGGAGCAGGCAGCACGGGAGAAAACAGAGAAAAUAAUCAGUGCAGAGCUACAGAAAGCAGCAGCUAACCCAGAUUUGCAGGGACACUUGACUAGUUUCCAGCAAUCAGCCUUUAACAGAGUGAUAGGGAGUGUCUCCUCAUCCCCACGGCAGACUUUGGAUUAUGAUGAUGAAGAGACAGACUCUGAUGAAGACAUCAGGGAGACAUAUGGCUAUGACAUAAAGGACAAUGCCAGUGUAAAAUCUUCUAGCAGCUUGGAGCCCAAUUUGUUUUGUGAUGAGGAAAUCCCCAUUAAAUCGGAGGAAGUGGUGACGCACAUGUGGACGGCUCCCUCAUUCUGUGCCGAACAUGCAUAUUCAUCUGCUUCUAAAAGUUGCUCUCAAGGUUCUAGCACUCCAAGGAAGCAGCCUCGGAAGAGUCCACUGGUACCUCGCAGUUUGGAGCCCCCUGUAUUGGAGCUGUCACCUGGAGCGAAAGCUCAGCUAGAAGAUCUAAUGAUGGUAGGAGAUCUACUAGAGGUAUCACUGGAUGAGACUCAGCAUAUCUGGCGGAUUUUACAGGCUACUCAUCCACCCUCUGAGGACAGGUUCCUUCAUGUCAUGGAGGAUGACAGCAUGGAUGAGAAACCACUGAAAAUGAGAGGGAGAGACUCUUCUGAGAGGAAGCGGAAACGAAAGCUGGAGAGAGCAGAGCAGUUCUUUGGAGAUAUGAAGCAAAAAUCUAAAGAGCUGAAGAAACUUGAAAAACCCAAGAAGAAGAAGCUAAAACUCACCAUGGAUAAGACAAAGGAGCUGAACAAGCUGGCAAAGAAGCUGGCUAAGGAAGAGGAGCGGAAGAAGAAGAGAGAGAAGGCAGUUGUUGCAAAGGUGGAACUAGCAAAAGAGAGCACAGAGAAAAAAAGAGAGAAGAAGGUUCUAGAUAUUCCUUCCAAGUAUGACUGGUCAGGAGCAGAAGAGUCAGAUGAUGAGAACGCUGUGUGUGCUGCACAGAACUGCCAGAGGCCCUGCAAGGACAAAGUAGACUGGGUGCAGUGUGAUGGUGGCUGCGAUGAGUGGUUUCAUCAAGUUUGUGUUGGUGUCUCUCCAGAAAUGGCUGAGAACGAGGAUUACAUCUGUAUAAACUGUGCAAAGAAGCCAAUGCAGGGACCAAGUAGCCCUGCUCAUGCACCACCACCUCCUUUCUUACUGAGCUACAAACUACCAAUGGAAGAUCUUAAGGAGGCAAGUUAGCAGCUACUCGAUGCCUGGAACUUGUUGGGAAAUGGACCACUGAAUCCCUACAGAAAGAAAGGGUUUGAAGCUAAUGUAGCCACUGAGCUUCACUUCCAGGGAUGUACAGACCUGCAGCAGAGUUGGUCCCUUCCUUACAGCUGGCUUCCUUCAUAAAACGGGGAUGUCAAGGCACAGUGGUACUGACUCAUCUAUGCAGACACCACCUGAUUAGGAGCUCCAGCCAGUGUUUUUUGACUUGAGUAUUUCCAUCUUUGAGUGUGGCUUUUGCUCUUAGAGACUGAGCAAACCCGAGGCUGUUAGAUUAGACACUUCAGGGUGUUAGAAGUAUAUGUUGGCAGUGGAGCUGGCCUGGAAUUGGUGGGUGUAGGCUGGAGCUUUUAGGCCCACCAGGUUACCCUAAGGAGGUAACUUAGGAAAGUUCUUUUGCCUCCCCAUGCCAACCCAGUGAGUAGGGCAGUGUCUUGGGAGAGGUAGGUUGCCUCCAUAUCCAGGCAGCUAACACUACAUUAUAAGGAUGGGAGCAAGUGGAUGAAUUUUUUUUAAGUUCUCUUUUGUAGCUAAAGGGCAGAGGAGCUCAUGAUCUCAGAAAUCAGCAAAGGUUCUGUUUACCAAAAAAAAGAAACCCAACUCUACUCCACUAAGCAAAAUUUUCCUUAGUGGGGAGCAUCUGAUCUUCCUGUCCUGAGGAGGGCCAGAAAUCAUUGAUAAUGUCUAGCUAAAUCAGAGCUUGGAAAGAGCAGAGUGCUUCCCUUCCCACAGGGGUGCCCUCUCCUGUUCUAGGCUUUGCAUAGAGUUAUGCACUCCUGCACAUUAAAGUUGUCUCACGCAGGAUGGAGCUGGCAAGGAGGUACAGCGCGCAGGGCACCUGCUUCUGUGAUCUGUACUGAGGGAUGGGAAGAAAAGAAGACAGCCCACUUACCUCAGAGGUUACACUGACAUGUGCUUCUGUGAAAAGUUUCACUCACAACUGUUUCCAGUAUCACCAGGCUACGGGCAUGGCCUCAAGCAAUACCAGCAAGCAGUCUGCAGAUACUGUUCGCAGCGCAAAUCCCCCUCCCUGCUGGCUUUGCUGGAUGUGUACCAGUGUACAAUCAGCAACAGUUCUUGUUUGAAGUUGCCCCUGGCUUUGCCAGAGGACCAGAGGGCUUGGGGUCAUCCUGGGUGACAGUUGUUUUAGUAAAUCCAUUUUUAAAGAAGGACUUGUUUUUACUUUUUUCUAAAUGUCUCAGACUACUGACUUGUUCUAUAAAUAGAUUAUUUUUCUUUGAUUUUUUUAUACUUACCACUGUUAACCAGCAGCACAGACAGAGGUUCACAAAGCAAAAACCUGCCCCUGGGCUUGGGUUUUUUUACUCCAUUCCUUCCUUGUAGUACAAGGAAUUAGCAGUUACCUUCCCCAUUCUAGCUUGACCAGCUGCCUGUGUUUAAAUAGGUAAAUACAUUUCAUGUGCUACCUUUGUGUUUGGGUUUGUUCCUAUUAGUGGGGCAUCUGGGCCUUAACAACUCCAGUGGAUGCUGGCUUUGUGUAUGUGAAUGUCUGAAGCCAGCCGCUGGGCUGUCUUGUCCCCCUCUCCACUCGCUCCCUAUUGUGUUUCCAUUCUUCUGCAGUUCUAGGAGUGUUGUAAGUAGUGUCCAGUCUUACUAGGAGCUGGAUUGGGAUUUAAAGAAAUAUUGACAAAAACAAGUGUUCUGUCUUGACUGUUCUGACUGUUCUGUGUCCCUUCUCUUGUUCUCUAAUAUUUGGAAGUUUAUUUAUCUGGCAGAAUUAUCCAUCCAAAAAAAAAAUCCAGCUCAGGUAGACAAACUUUAUUGGUUUCUUUUAUUUGUGCCUGCUACCUGGGAAGAGGAAGAUGUGUAAAAAGGAAAAUAACUAAGAUGGAAGGCAGAAGACAACAGGGUCUUAGGAGCUUUGAGUGCAAAUUUGGCACAGACUUCUAAUUCCUGCUCCUUGAAGGCUAAUGUGAUGUUAAAAGUGAAAACAAGCAGUGAUUAAGCAUGUGGCUGAAUGGGCACCCUAGCGAACUCAAGAGUAUUAUUUGUUUACUUAUUUAUGAAGGAGUCUAUGCUAUAGCUAGACAUACCCUCUUUUUGCUUCCAGUUACUUUUUUUUUCUUCUCAAUGUAUGCUUAGUUUUGGUAAACUGAUUUAAACAGAUGUUACUUUCCUUCAAGCUUUAACUGAUGGUACUACAUAAAUGUUUCCCUAUAUGGAGUGGAUAGACUAUCUGUCACAGAUGUUUAAUCGUUCCAGAAGUAGACUAGUACAAGAUUUCUUAAAGAAUCCCAGUGUUCUGUAUUCUUUCCUGACUCCUAGAAUCCAUGACACAACAGGGAAAAUAUGGUUAGCAUAUCCUGUUAGCCACUGAGCAUACCCUCUUAACCAUUCCUACAUUUUCUGUCGUGAUAAAGUCAUUGUUACAUGUAAUUACCAUCAACUGGAAAAGAGAUCCUUUAGUAAAUCUGCAUUGAGUGUUCCUGUUC